AUGUCCACUACCAAGCGAGAACACUGUGCCUCUUCCUUGCGAGAUAAGGGGACCGCCUCCAUGGUAGAAGACACCACCGAUACUCAGAACUCGGAAGGCUUUAUCUUCGAGGAGGAGACUGAAGCUGAGAAGAAACUUAUACGUAAGGUCGAUAAUUAUGUUCUACCUUUCAUCUGGAUCGUUUACCUGCUAUCCUACAUAGACCGAUCCAACAUUGGAAACGCCCGAGUCGCUGGCAUGGGCCAAUCUCUCGAACUUACCGAUGAUCGUUAUUACCUCGUUGUUGUUUUGUUCCAAAUCGGAUACCAGCAACUUGUUAGUCUUCGAUUUCUAGUCGGUGUCGCCAAGGCUGGCUUCAGCUCAAAGCGAUUCGUUGUGUUCCAUAGCGCUGGCAUCAUGUCAGGGGCAUUCGGUAGCAUCCUUGCCGGCGCAAUAACUCGAGGUCUAGAUGGCUCGCUCGGCAUUGCGGGCUGGCGAUGGCUGUUCAUCAUCGAGGGCGUCAUAACCGUGGCUGUAUGUUUCGUUGCCAAGUUUACACUGCUCGACUAUCCCUUGACUUCCAAGAGGCUUAGGCCCGAGGAGCGCGAACUAGCAUAUGCCCGACUUCGAGCUGACGGCAUCACGAGCCGAAACGAUCCAUCCCAGCUCAAGAUUAGCUACCUGGCUGCGAUGAAGACGGCUGUAUCAAAUUGGAGACUGAUUCCUCUGACCCUUGGAUACAUGACGGUCAUCAGUUCUAUGUCACUGGCUUACUUUUACCCAACAUUCACUGCCCAGCUUGGGUAUAACAAGACUGACGCCCAGUAUGUCACCAAGUCUUCAAACCACCGCGUCGAGCUAACAGGUACCAGAUAUAUGACUGCCCCCUUCUACGGCGUUGCCCUCGUCAUUGCCGUGACUCUUUGCAUUAUAGCAGACAAGGUUCCCCAGUUUCGAGCCUUGUUCACAUUCAGUGUCCUUUUGAUCUUUGGUUGCCUUUUCAGUGCUCUGGCUGCGGCUAUCCAUAAUCCCAAGGCUAUAUAUGCCUUUUUAUGCUUCAUCAACACGGCCGUCUGGUCUGCCAAUCCCCUCUCGCUCUCCUACACCAGUACGGUUCUCGGCCUAGUCCAGCCUGAGGUUUGA